AUGACCUCGAUCGAAGAGGCGAUAGAGCUGCUGCACGAGUGCAAACACGUACCUGAGCCGCUGGUGCGACAAAUCUGUGCCAAGGCGCAGGAGAUUCUCGUGGAGGAGUCCAACGUGCAGCUGGUGGACACUCCGGUGGUCAUUUGUGGAGACAUUCACGGGCAGUUUCACGAUCUGCUGACGCUGUUUGCGAUUGGGGGUGGAGAGCCUCCGAAUGCAGCUUAUCUGUUUCUGGGCGAUUUCGUCGAUCGGGGCUUUUAUUCUCUGGAAUGCUUUCUGCUGCUCAUUUGUCUCAAGGUACGAUAUCCCGACAAGAUCACGUUGAUCAGAGGCAACCACGAGAGUCGGCAGAUCACCACGGUCUACGGCUUCUACGACGAGUGUCUGCGCAAGUACGGCUCGGCCUCUGUGUGGAGACUAUGUUGUGGAGUGUUUGACUAUCUGUCUCUCAGUGCCCUUGUGGGCGGUCCUGGAGGAGUGUUUUGUGUGCAUGGAGGUCUGAGUCCGACAGUCAAGCAGCUGGAUCACGUGCGACUGAUCGAUAGAAAGCAGGAGGUGCCUCACGACGGGCCUAUGUGUGAUUUGUUAUGGAGCGAUCCAGAUGACAGUGUGGAGGAUGCAGAUGAUGAGGCCAUGGAGCUCGCUACAUCCUGGGGAGUGUCGCCAAGAGGUGCAGGAUACCUGUUUGGACCCAACCCCGUGCACGAGUUCAACCAGAUCAACAAUACGACUCUUAUUGCCCGGGCUCAUCAACUGGUCAUGGAGGGAUACAAGGAGAUGUUUGACCAGUCGCUGGUCACGGUCUGGAGUGCACCAAAUUACUGCUAUCGGUGCGGAAACGUGGCGGCGGUGCUGGAAAUCACAGAUUCCAUGGAACGCCAGUACAAGGUCUUCCAUGCCAAGGAUGCAGAUGUGGGUGGAAAUGAAGGUAUGCCCAUGAAAAAGCCUGUUGCGGAGUACUUUUUAUGA